GUUUUUAAUUAUAGUGACUGAUAAUGUAGUAGGAACGAAGUAUUUAAUACAAUACCAAGUUAUUUAUAGAAGUUUUUUUAGUUACAUCAAAUAAGCCAACUGUCAUAAGUCAAUAGGACCGAUUGAAAUCAUCUGAUUAUUUAGAAUAAAAUUUCAAUAAAUAAAAAAUCAGAACUUGAUUAAAAUCAGUAUUAAAUCUUGUGUUUAGCAGAACUGCAAAGGAUAUUAAUUAACUAACACUUGUGAACAUCAUAUACUUAAGGUAUCAACUCUUGCUCUGAUAUGUCUCGUGAUUAUGAAAGGAGAAAAAGAAGAAGCACUAGUAUUUCAACCAAACUUAGAAUGGACACAAACUCUUUACAUUCAAAAUCUCAUGGAGAAAGUUCCGGAAAACGUAAAGAGUUUGAUAAUGUUAUGAAAAAAGCUCGAGAGUCUCAAUCAAACUAUUGGAACAAAAAACUUUUAGAAGUUGAAGAAAAAGAUCCCAACCGUUGGCGACAUAGUGGUUACAAGGAGAUGUACAUAGGUAGUGCCGCUAGUGGAGAUAACAGGAGUCAAAUUCGUAGUCCAAAGCAUCGUAGUUUUCGUCCUCGUAGCCCAAGACCUUGUAGUCCACGAAGUCCACACACUCCAAGGUCACGAAAUUUAAGAAAUAGAUAUUCCCGUAGUCCCCGAAGAAAAAGUCCCCGAGUUGUUAGUAGUACUAAUACUGCUCGGCCUAGAAGUCCAUUGCUGAAAAGAUCGUACUCUCCACGGUCUCGAAGUCCUAAAAUACGAAAAUCUAAUUCGCCACGACUUAAAAGCCCUAGAAUUAUUCAUGAUCGAUCUCACAAUACCCAUGUUAGACGAGCUAAAAGUCCGAGUUCUGGAAGCUCAUGCUCAGAUCGAUCGUGCUCAGUCUGUUCUCCUAAGGAACGACGGAGGCAAUCAAAUAUAUUACGUUCUCGAUCAAGAUCAACUUCAUCUGUGCUACCAAGAUCUCAUAUGAAGGAUGUCACUCCAAAUGCAAAAAUUAUUUCAUCUAAAGCCGAUAUUACAAACUCUUUGUCUGCACGAAGUCCUGCUUUAAAAGAAGCCAUAUUGCAUCAAACAAAAGAUUUAAGAAUAGGAAAAAGAGAUAAACAUCGACGUAAACUUACUAAUGAUCCUCGGAUACCGGAACCUAUACAUAUGAUAAAUAAGCAUAUUAAAGUUGAGAAGGUACAUCCAAGUCAUCCAGACAUGACAGUCAUUCAUCCACCUGCAGAAUCUUCCGCAAGUGAUGAUAGUGACAGCUCUUCUACUGCCUCUCACGCACCCCCUCCAAGAAUGACUCUAUCUGAAAGGUUUGGAAAAAUGGCUCAAUGGAGCGUUGAUCGCCGAGAUAUGGAGAAUAUGCGUAUUACAAAAGUUGGCAACAAUACGAUGAAAGUAGUUAUUGAAGGUCAUGAGAGAAUAGCAAGAUUAGGUUAUGAUUCACCACCGCCUGGGCAUUAUCCGGAAUCAUUAUUAACACAGGGUCCAAGAGGUCUAGAAUGUUGGGAUGAUGUUCGGGUCAGGUAUGAUUAUUAUAAAUCCAGAGGGUACCUUCGAGAUCUUUCCCUUGAUGAUUAUAUCAAAUGGGAAGAAUGGUGGUAUAAGUAUCAAGAAUGGUUAGAAGCGGAACGUUAUUACGAACAGUGGGCAGCACAAGCUUCAAAUCGUCCUGCAGGAGGAGUAAAUAGAAAAAGACGAAGAAGAAAUAAUGCUGCACAUUAAUUUUUGUAAAACUUUUCCAUUUUCACUAAUCAUUUAUUAGGGAUUUUUUUUCUUGUAUAUUUUUUAUCUCAUGUCCCAAUAAUACUAUAUAAAUAUAUGUAUAUUAUUUCACUUAUUUUUAGAGAAAAAUAUAUCCAAGUAUGUACAUGUUUUAAUUUUACUGGCAUAACUGCUCAAAAAUUUAACUUCUAGAUAAUAAAAUUUUUAAUAAA